AUGGUUGAUGCUUGGUGUAAAUUACAUGCCAGCUUCAUACGUCCAUCACGGACCAUCAGCUGCAAUGUGCUGAAACGGUUCAUCAGCAUCGGUAUCCUGCUACAGAUCAUCGCCAAUUGUGAUUAUGGUUUCGGUGCUAUCCGAUCAGUACAGCUGGUGGUAGAUCCUCCAGCAGUACGACGUGGUCAACAUGCAACGUUACGCUGCCUGUACGAUCUGGAUGACUCGCCGCUGUAUUCCGUAAAGUUUUACCGAGGUUUGCGAGAGUUCUACCGCUACUCGCCGGGCCAGCAACCGAGCAAGAAGAUUUUUCCCUUUCCCGGGAUCAAUGUCGACGCUUCACUGUCCGACAACCGACAGGUGGUUAUCAAAAAUGUUGGCUUCGGACUGUCGGGUAAUUUUUCCUGCGAAGUUACUGCAGACGCACCAUCGUUUUCUACCGCCACGGAACACAUCAGCAUGCAAGUAGUGGAGCUACCAGAGAGUGGACCCACCCUAUGGACGGAGCAUACGCGGUACGAGCCCGGGGACGUGCUGAGAGCAAACUGCACCUCCCAACCAUCGAGACCGAAAGCCGAGCUAACGCUGACACUGAACAACAUGGUGCACGAGUCACUGGUCUACACAUCCCACGAAGAAUCACGAACCACCACGGACAAUCUGAUCUCCAGCAGUCUCACAUUACGGCUGCACCUUCAAAGCUCACACUUCGGCUCGGGCCUGAUGCCAGGAGUGGGCGGUGCGUCCGGUUCCGGCGGAGCGCUAUUGCUGCGAUGUACCGCCACCAUCGGGAAGCUGUACGAACGCUACACCGAGCUCGAACUGGGCGUUCCCCAGCGGGAUCCAAUACCGGCCAGAGUCACAUCGUCCGGAGGUGCGAGGAUAUUCCCCAGCCCGAUAGGAGGUAUGCCCGUCAGCUGGAAUCUGUGUGUGCUCGUGCUCAUCGUGCUGACACUGGCCCUGCAUAACAACCAUCCCUCAUUAGCCCAAAUCAGUCGACCGAUAUCAUCGUCCAGUGCGCUUCUUCGAAGAUAG